AUGAAGUAUGAAGAAGUUGUUAACGGUAAAUCCCACGAAGGGCCGAUGCUAUUGUUCAAAGAAGUUGUUUUUGGUAAAAUCCACAAAGGGCAGUCCCGUGGUGCUAUAGUUAAGGUUCUUGCCUCUCUCUGGACAGAUUUGGGUACAGGCCCAAAGCCAAAACCUUGGGUGUCAACUUGUAUCUCCAAUAAACAAGUAGAUGAGAGCAAUGAGGAGGAAGGGGAGGAAGAGGUAGAUAAGGAAGUAGAAGACGAAGCGGAUGAUGAGGAAGCAAAAGGUGAAGUAGGAAAAGCAUAUGAGGAAGAACAAGGUGAUGAGGAGGAAGAAGACGAUGACGAUGAGAAUGGAGAUGAAGGGGAUGCAGAUGAAGGGGAUGAAGAUGAAGAUGAAGGAUAA